UAUGCAACUCAUGCCCUGCUCUCAUGCAAUCGUAGAAUUCCGAACUAUUUUGGCCCAAAGAUGCUCAAAGGCAUUGAUUUGGAUCGUGUGCUGUAUGAUUAGGCCGCAUGACAUGACCUGCAUCUCCUUUCAGGACCUCCACGUCUUCCAUCCUCCAGACCUGCCACAGUGGAUUGUAGUGCUGAGCCCGGUGCCAAUGCACUUCGACGCAGAGCUUGGAGAGUUGCUCAAGAUCUUCGGGGUCCAGCAAAUGGAUCGGGUCUCCUUUGAGGAGAUCAACGUGCCUGUCUGGUCAAUUGAGACUGCAAUGGACCUCAUAGCUCUCAGAAGCUACGGGCUCCAACUUACCCUACUUGAGGCGGGUCCAGUCACUGAUCAGGUCAGGCAACCCGUCCCAGCUAUGUCCAGCCGGGUCCGACCUUUCCCGAAGCAGCUGAAGCAAGGGCGUUGCCGGCGUGGUCGUGUACAUAAUUAGUUACAGUGAAUAGUGGCUGUAGCUGAAUGACAUGUUGCACAUCUGCCGGUAUUGUACAGUGAGUGAUGGGUAUGUG